CAUAAAAAUAAAAAACAACAAACCAAAAUAUAUUCCUGCGUAGAAAAAAAAGCCUCAUCCCUCCCAUUUCAUUUCUAUUGUAAUAUUAUAUCAUUGUAUCAUCAUCAUAAUCAAACCCUAAUAAACAAAAUGUUGAGGGCCGGAAGCCGGAGACUCGCAACUUCUCUUACAUCCCCGGCGUGGAUCCAUAAAAGCUCUUCUUCUUCAGCUGUCUCCAAAUUCACAAAUCAGAUCGACGACUCUCCCUCCGCCGCCAAUCACGAUUUCCGAUCUAUCCACGCCUCUUUUCUUUUCAACCCUAAUUUCCAUCAUUUCUCCCGAGGAUUUGCAUCACACUCGAUAACCCCAAAUUAUGAGGACAAAAUUCCACCAACACUAGCGGCCAUAGCUAACCCGACUUCGAAGAUAGUGUAUGAUGAGCAUAAUCAUGAACGUUACCCACCUGGUGACCCAAGCAAACGAGCAUUUGCAUAUUUUGUUUUGACAGGUGGAAGGUUUGUGUAUGCUUCUUUGAUUCGGCUUUUGGUUCUCAAAUUUGUUCUCAGCAUGUCCGCCAGUAAAGAUGUUCUUGCACUCGCUUCUCUCGAAGUUGAUCUUUCUAGCAUUGAACCUGGGACCACGGUGACAGUUAAGUGGCGUGGAAAGCCUGUGUUCAUCAGACGCCGAACAGAGGAUGAUAUAAAGCUAGCAAACAGUGUUGAUGUCGCAACUCUUCGUGACCCACAAGAGGAUGCUGCUAGGGUCAAGAACCCUGAAUGGCUAGUUGUGGUUGGUGUGUGUACCCAUCUGGGUUGCAUCCCGCUACCAAAUGCUGGUGAUUUCGGUGGCUGGUUUUGCCCGUGCCAUGGUUCUCAUUAUGACAUAUCAGGCAGGAUCCGUAAGGGGCCAGCACCCUAUAAUUUGGAGGUCCCCACUUACAGUUUCUUGGAUGAGAACAAGUUGCUCGUUGGAUAAGCACAGUUUAAAAGUUUGAAGUUUUGUGAUAUUUAGGAUGAUGGGCAUAUUUAAUUUUCUGGCCGAAAUGACAGUGCUCCGGUACCUGUUGCUACUUUGUAAGUAGCCUCAAACAUUUGGGCAUUUUCGGUUUUAUAUGUCUUUGUAAUGUUGAAGAAUUCAAUUCAUGUUUCUGAUAUUGGCGAUAAUAAGAUUGGUUACUUUGUUUUUGAACGGAA